GGUUUCGAUUCCGUCGUAGUGAUCGGAUCGUCGGACGUACUAAGGGAUAUCGUAGUUCGCUCGUGCUCCAAAAUUCUUUGCUAGUAGUGAGCUAUUUAAUCCAAUUGCAGUCGUUCGCGUAUUGUGGUUUUCGAUCAAGAACGAUCGUACGAAAUCUCAGUCCUGCGCCAUCGUCGCUGCCACUGUAUCUUGUCUCGUGAUUAGUGAGAGUGAUCGUCGUGGGUACAAUGGCCGAUGUAGAAGGAAAGAAGUUGACCGAGCUCCGAGUUAUAGAUCUGAAAACGGAGCUGGAACGUCGUGGCCUGGACAAAUCCGGUAAUAAAGCGGCGCUUCUCGAGCGGCUCUCCAAGGCGAUACUGGAUGAAGGAGGAAAUCCUGAGGAGCAUCUUAUUGUACCGUCUGGUGGACCACCUAAAAUCAUUGCGAAAAGAAAUGGUGGAGCUGUGAGUCAAGAAGAUUCUACUGAAUGCUCUGAUAAUCAAAAAGAAGAAAAUAUCGAUGGACAAGAUAAUACAGAUAAACCUAAGAUGGAAAUAAAAACAGAUAUAAAAACAGAAGAACUUGAUGAAAAAGAAAUUAUCAAGAAAGAAGCGAAAGAGGUACCCGAACUUGAAAUUAAGAAUAUUAUUAUUAAGGUGGAAAAAUUAGAGGACAAAGUGCAAGGAGCCAAGGCUGGAGGUGAAAGUGCACAGAACAACGACAAGAAAAAUGAGGCAGAGAAGAUUAUCUCAAAUCAAACCUCAGACGCGCCAUCUGCCACUGUUGAAGCUAAUGGAAUUGACAAUGAGGACUCUAUUAAUUUGACUAUUGGAGAAGAUGAGGAGAAUCUCCUAGCUGAGGAGACAGAAUCUCAUGACAGACACAAAGAUGGUGGAGAGAAGAAGAAAAUGGAAGAGAACAACAAGAAGGGAGACCCUAAAGGCAGCGGUAGAGCGGAACCUGGCGCCAGCGGCAAGGAAGGGACGACGUCCGGUGCGAACGGGACGAAGAUCAAGCAGGAGGGAGGAGAUGGAGGAAGCAAGAGCGUGGAGUCUAGCAAUAAGAGUCAGAAGAGAGAAGAGAAAGAUAAGAAGACAUCUCAAAUCAAUCCAACCAAUGCAAGCAGUCGCAAUCUAUGGGUAUCUGGCUUAUCGUCCAGUACUCGUGCGACUGAUUUGAAGCAAGUCUUCUCGAAGUACGGCAAGGUCAUAGGCGCGAAAGUGGUAACAAACGCGAGAACUCCAGGAGCGAGAUGUUACGGUUAUGUUACUAUGUCUUCAAGCGAUGAUGCUGCGAAAUGUAUACAGUAUUUGCAUAGAACUGAGCUUCAUGGACGCGUCAUUUCCGUCGAAAAGGCAAAAGGUGAUUCGCAACAAAGUCACGUACGUAAACGUGAUACAAUUAAUGGUAAAUCGGAAAAGAAAGAGGAGAAAGAAAAGCCGAAAGAUCAUGAUAUAAAUGAAAGAAAGGAGAAGGAAAUAAAGAAGGAACCUGAAGAGAAAGGAUUAGAUACUACAAAAAAAUCUGAUGACAAAAAUGAAAGUAUCGACGUAAAAAUAAAAAUGGAAAUGGCAGAUAAGAAGGAAGAUCUGUCCAAAGAGUCCGAUUCUCGAUCGACAAAGUCUACCAGCAAGAAACCGGAAAGUGAGAGAGGAAGACGAGAAGAUAAACGGAUUCGUACUUGGGAGAGAGAUCACCGAUCUCAUAGUCGAUCUCGGAGCCGCGAACGACGGAAGCGAGAUGAUGUUCUCACAUUUGCUAAGAUUAGAGAAGAACGUGAGCGGCAAAGAAUGCGCGAAAGAGAACGAAUGCUAAGAGAGGAAGAGCGAAGAAGAAGGGAAGAUUUGGAACGUCAGCGAGAGAUAGAGCGUAGACAUCGAGAAGAAUCUGCGCGCUUGGAGAGAGAACGAGAAAAGUUGAGACGAGAAAGAGAACGGAUCGAACAGGAAAAAGCCGAAUUACUACGACUCGAGCGUGAGCGGCAAAAACUCGAGAGGGAAAAGCUCGAGCGCGAAAGAUUGGAAUUGAAGAGGCAGCAGAUGCGUUUGGAGGAGAGCCGACGCGCGCCACCGCCACCGUCUAUAAAGAGAUCGUCUACCGAUAGGAGAGAUCCGCGGGAUUUGUACACGGAAUCUGAUAGAAAACGAUUAGCUACAGAACAUAGCCGCAGGCAUAGCCCGGAAAGAAUUGUCGAUAGGCGAAACGAGAUGUUGGAGCGAGUGUCAGAUAGACGAUUGGACCCUUCGCCACCAUCUCGAUACGAAUCCAGCAGAUCUACUCAAGAGUUGGGAUUGAAAAAAGAAUUCAAGAGAAGUAGCGAUUUUUCUUCACGAAACAGUCGACCAGACAGCUUUUCCGAUGUUUCUCGAGGAAGAGAAGUUAUUGUACGACGAGAAAGUUUAUCUACCACGUCUUCGUCCUUAGAUCCUCGUCAAGUCAAGGAAAGAUAUGAUCGUCCGAAUACCACAUCGUAUACUCGCGAACGCGAAGUACGACGUUCCGAUCCUGAUACACAUCGAAGCUCUAGAGAUACUCAUACGCGAUACAGUGAUAGUUUCAAACCUCCGACAUCAAGCACACCACGUGAAAGUCGUUACGUGGAAAGCAAUCGUACACCAAGUGGUUGGCAUUCGGGACCUACAUCCUCAAAAUCCUUUAACUCUGUGACAAGCAGUGGGUCUCGCGAUCCCCGCAACGAGCCUUCUAGUUGGAGUUCCAGAUCAUCCGAGGGCGUUAACAGAUGGAGCAACUCGAGUAGUAUGGGAAAUACACUGCGACAUCCGAUUCCGCCGACGUAUCAGAGUGGACCGAUGCAGUCUAUGGGACUGGCUGCACCUGGGACAGCGCAGUCAUAUGAACGGUUCGAGGCGUACAAAUCGUCUAUGCCCAUGAGAAAAUAUUGAUUAUUAAACUACGCGACAUUUCGCGAUCACGAAUAUUCGUUUAAAUAACCAGAACACUCGCGGAAUUCCCCGAACAUCUUGACUAGCGACUACAGAAUACGGAAUAGUCUAAUGCCUAAUUUUUUCACCUCUAAAUAAUCUUUAUCCAGGAGAUAUCUAGAAUACAAUGGAAAUAUCCUGGGUAUACUCCUGGAUAAAGCUAUCUUGUUUGGAAGUGAAGAAAUUAAUCAUAAUACGCGAAUAAACUACGACAAGUUGUUAAUUGCACAAAUUGCAGAGCGUCCGGUUUUGAAAGUAUAAAAAUUUCAACUAUCAGAAAUGCUUUCUGUUUCCGCACCAGCUUGAUCAAUUGGAAAAGAAAAAUCACGCGUAUACAUUUUAUCGAGUAAAGUGUCAAUUUUAUACAAAAUUUAUAUUGUGCAUAAUAUUAUACAAGAAGAGCGAACUCGUCAUAGUUUGCAAUUAUACACGCUCCUUAUCAUCAUUUCUCUUAUACAUGUGUCCAUUUCGCAUGAUACACCAUGUGACACAUUUCUAACUAUUCAUAUCUAAUGAAUUUUUGUACAUGUGUUAAUAGAGUCCAUUAAAGUGUCCCUAUGAGGUGAAGUACUACUUAUUUUCCUAUCGGUUUGUAAAUUAUCUAUUUACUUUGCGGAUAUUGAUCGUCGGCUGGCUCUAUUGUCAUUUGAGACGCGAUCGAUUUUAACGAGAGAGAGAUGUAGAGGCUAUAAAUGCACCUGUUUAUCUUAAACGAGUUUGUCUUAAUAGACUAUAAUGAUAAAAGAUUAAUGUAUAAUGAAGAAUAUUGUAUCGUAUAUAAUUUUUUUGAAUUCUUAUCGAAAAGGAAGUAUUCUCUCCUUAUCGGAUUAUGAUCGGAAUUCGUAUAUUGGAUUUCGAGAUCAUAAAAGGCAAAUUGUAUCGUUGAGAGUAUCGUUGAGAGUUGCGGUAGCUGUGCCUACUUUAUACAGCGAAAAUACAGGAACUUGAUGUAGCGACGAAAUGUUUGUCGCAGCAGCAACGUAAAUAAAUUUAAC